AUGGCCGUCUACCGCUGGGAGCCCUCAGACAGGACAUGGGAUGAAGAAUACCAACGUCCAGGCCUGGUUCUGGUUUCCAUACCUCACAACGCAGAAGAGCUACAGUUUACAGUACGAUUCCCCAGAGCCAAAAUAUUAGACUAUAUGAUACAUGGUGAAUGGGACUUGAAAAAAACGGAAGUACAAACUAAACUUGUUUAUGUUGGCACUACCACACGAUCUUUAAUUGAGGUGACGAUCGUGAUGAAGCGAAGACCGACUUGUUUUAUCUUCAACAUCCUCCUGCCAGUUGUCCUCCUUUCUUUUCUCAACAUUUUUGUGUUUGUCAUCCCGGCGGAGUCAGGGGAGAAAAUCAGUUACGGUUUAACUAUGCUACUUGCUCUAUCCGUCUACUUGAGUACAGUGAGUGGCAUGAUACCGAGGUCAUCCCUGACACUGCCCAAUGUCAUCAUCUAUCUGUUUCUACUACUUUUUCUCUCAUUGAUCACAGUCAUCAGUAGCAUCAUUGUAGUGUUACUGCACAAUAAGAAAGAGAAAGAAGAAAAGCAGCAAGGGGUCACAGAAACUUCCAGUGCUCCAUGGGGCAAAGUAAAUUAUGUACGCCUGGCAAUAACUUCAGGGCCCAACACAGGCAAUGCUCCACCUAUCCAAUAUCCCGAGGUGAAAGCUGCGCUUAAUAAAGAGCACAAAAUGUGCACAGCUUUGUUGUCCUAA